GAGAAGUGAGGUCAGAGAGAGGUUUUCUUCAGAGAUCGUGCAGCGUUCACUAACUGCAGGAGAUGUGGAGCGCACUGAAGCUCUCUGCGUCACACUGGAGGAUUCUCUAAAACCCUCAGGAAUCAAACACACGUCCACCAACACAACUGGAGCUGCAGCAGGAGUCCAGCAUUCGCGUCUCCCUCUGAGGAUUAAACUGAAGUUCUGAGCGGGACUGACGAUCCGGAGUUCUGCUUGAGUGUGUGUGUGCAUCAUGAACUGCCGGAUAAACGCAGUAUAAUGCGGCUAUGGACGCUGCCAUGGAAGCUGCUGCAGGUGCUGCUGGUGUUCAGCCGUGUGUGUGUGUGUGCGUGCGACGGAGAGCGACACACACGGAACUACGACUACAUGGAAGGAGGAGACGUGCGGAUCCGCCGCCUGUACAGCCGCACGCAGUGGUUUCUGACCAUCGACGAGUACGGCAACAUCAGCGGGACACAGGAUCCAAACAACUGCUACAGUGUUCUGGAGAUCAGGACGGUUUCUGAGGGCGGUGUUUUGGCCAUAAAAGGACUCAAGAGCCAGUAUUAUAUUUCCAUGAACCGCAGCGGAAUGCUCCAGGGCAAAAAAGACUACAACGACAGCUGCGACUUUAAAGAAGUGUUUUUAGAGAACUACUACACGGCCUACUCGUCUGUCAAAUGGAAAAACAGCAGAGAAAUGUUCAUCUCUCUGUCACAGAAGGGCCGGCCGCUGAAAGGCAAGAAGACGAGGAAAGAGAGCGUCGCUUCUCACUUCAUCCCUCGAAAGUGCAGCGAGGACGAGAAGAAGCUGGCGUAGAGACCACAUUAUCAAGACUCUCUGACGCUCAUAUACCAGCACAUCAUGUAAACAAACAGUGUACACAGUUAUAAAUACUCCUCCAUGUUUAGAGAUCCAAACUAUUUUUAUAUUUCAGAGAGAAUAAGCAGAGCGUCUGUGUUUCUGUCCACUGCACUUUCACCACUUCCAACACAAACGCCAAAUAAACAGCGCUGUGUGUGUUCUGUGUGCGCUGUUAAACAUCACACACCUCCCGUUUAUAUCCUUGAUUCAUAUAAAUAUACAUACAUACGCCUCAUUUAGUUCCAGACAUUCCCUUCUCAUUUACAGUCCUCAAGUCCUGAAGAUAACUGCAGCUUCCUCCUUCAAUUUCUACGUCACUGAUGCUAAGUGUUUACACAGGGUACUAAAUAUGACGUUUUACAUACAGAACACAUCAGUGAAAGUGUGUUAAGUGCUGAUGUCAGCCAGUAGGUGGCGCUUUGACAAUAACACUACACUUAUUAAUGAGACGCUUUCACUAAAUGACACUAGCUGGGUUUCCAUCAUUAUUUAACAAUGCACAUUGUAAUGUAUACCAUAAGAAGCAAAUGAUAGAAGUGCUAAAUUUACAAUAAUAUUCCCUUAAUUAGCAAACAAUUAUACAUAUAUAUGCACCUAAUUUCUUUCAUUACACUUGAGGUGGUUUUGGACUUGAGCAAAAAAAAGUUUAAUGCAAAUAAUAGGAUACGGAAACACAUUUGCUGAAUAAACUGUGGUGUAGUGAACAUUACACCCAUGUGACUCCAUUAUGCGUGCCCUGUUUACAGCUGGUUGCUAGGUUACCAAUACUACAGUCAGCCACUCUAAAAACUUAAUGUGAAUGCACCUAAUUAGGAUUUGUCUUUUUUGGUGAUCUUUGAAAAGAUUUGCUUUAUAUUCAGAUGGAAACCUGGAUAUCGUCAAACAAUAAUUCCAGUUUACUGAGAUCAGAGAAAGUGUGUAAGAGCACUGUAGUGCUGAUGUCUGCCAGUAGGUGGCACUGUGACAGAAACACUACACUUAUUAGUGAUGUGCUUUCACUAAAUGACACUAGCUGGGUUUCCAUCAUCUUGUGCUGAUGCACAUUGUAAAGUAUACCAUAAGAAGCCAAUGAUAGAAGUGCUAAAUUUACAAUAAUAUUCCCUUAAUUAGCAAAAAAACAAUAAUAAAUAUGCCUUUUUUUAUUACACUUGAGGUGGUUUUGGACUCGAGCAGUAAAUGUUUAAUGCAAGUACAAGAGAUGGAAACACAUUUGCAGAAUUAACUCUUGGGUAACGAACAUUACACCUACAUGACUCUAUUAUGCUGGCCUUGUUACAGUUGGUUGCUAGGUUACCAAUACUACAGUCAGCUGCUCUAACACCUUAAUGUAAAUGCAUCUAAUUCACAUUUUGUGGUUUAUUGUUGUUGCGAAGUUUGAAAAUAUUUGCUUCACGUGAGGAUGGAAAUCCAGCUAUUGUCAAACUAGUUCACCGAGAUCAGUGAAAGUGUGUAAAAGCGCUGUAUUGCUGAUGUCUGCCAGUAAAUGGCGCCGUUACAGAAACACUACACUUAUUAAUGAGACACUUUCACUAAAUCACACUAGCUGGGUUUCCACAUGGGUUUAACACAUUGCGUUAAUGCUCAUAUUGAAGUAUCACAUGAGAAAUAAUGCAUUUUGAAUUUAAAAAUUAUAAAUAAUAAUAAUAAUUAUAAUAAAACAACGAAAUCGCAAAAUUAGAAAAAAAGAUUUUACGCUCAGUCGAGUUGAUUUUGCUCUUGUGUAUGCGAGGAUUAAUGUAAAUAAUGAGAAAUGGAAACACGUUUGCUGUAACAAGUACCGCACUCAUGUGACUCCAUUAUGCUCGCCCUGUUUACAGUUGGUUGCUAGGUUACCAAUACUACAGUCAGCCACUCUAAUAACUUGAUGGAAACUCGCAUUUGUGAUUUUUCUGGCACACUUUGAACAGAUUUGCUUCGUGUUAGGAUGAAAACCCAGCUACUGAGACCAGAGAGCCCCAAACACGACUGCUCCAGUCAAAACACUAAACGAGUUUCCUGCUUGUGAAAUGGUGUGGUGAAAACAGCUAUUCACAGGAAACAGAACAUGUCGUCCUUCAUAAUCGUACAUCUAAACCUGAAAUAUCUCUGCUUUCUAUAAUCGAUCCCUGAACUGAUCUGCAUAUUGAGAUUUUCCCUGUCUGAUCAGGAUUAAAUCAAGUCAAGCCGUGUCCCUCUCCGCCUGGAUCAAUGCUGGUAAACACAUUCUGAUGAGAUGCCUCAUGAUGUUUUAUGGUAUUUCGUUUCCACAUAAUCUCUCUGACGUGAUUGUGUCCAUGUGUUGUUGUGUGUUAUUUAUGAUAUUUAUGUGUCGCUGGCUCUGAAUUGUCUGUAUUGGGGAUCGCUGUGCUGCAAACACACACACACACACACGCACACACACACACCGAGUUUGCAGGACUUCACAUUUUGCUGCUAGAAACAAAUAAAGUGAAAUCGAAGGUUUUAUAUGAUUAUAGAUCAAUCUCAAUAAAGUA